AUACCAGACCACAGGGUACUCUGGAUUCUGUGUGUCUGUCACUGGAUCCACAGAGGGUGGGAGGGCUUUAUCCUCAUCUCUUGUCUUACUGUGACUCUCUUACUCUCUUUAUUUCUUCAAAACAUUUUGCCUUAAUCUUGGUCCAAGUCUAACUCAUCAAGGGCGGUCCACUUAAAUGUGGUCAGCAUCUGUUUGCAGCGCACAGAGGAACAUCAGCACAUCUGGAAUUAAACUGUCCAAACUGACGUACGGAGGAGUGUUUACCUGUCAAAUUUCAAAGCCACAGCUACCUUCCUUCCUCCUCAGUGACCACCAGCACUGUCGGCCUGAUGUCUUCGGUUGUGGCCCCAGAAAAGCCCGCCUCAAACACCAUGGGCCCCAAAGAGGUGGAGCUGAUUCUGGUGAAGGAGCAAAAUGGGGUUCAGUUCACCUCUUCCACCUUAGUAGGUCCGACUCCUCCUCAGACCAACCCCAGUGGGGAGGAGAGGGAGACCUGGGGGAAGAAGAUCGACUUCCUCCUGUCUGUGAUCGGAUUUGCCGUGGACCUCGCCAACGUCUGGAGAUUCCCCUACCUCUGCUAUAAGAAUGGAGGAGGUGCGUUCCUGGUGCCAUACAUGUUCUUCAUGUUGAUAGCUGGCAUGCCUCUUUUCUACAUGGAGCUGGCUCUGGGACAGUAUAACAGAGAGGGGGCAGCAGGCGUCUGGAAGAUCUGUCCAAUAUUUAAAGGUGUAGGCUUCACGGUGAUCCUCAUUUCCCUGUACGUUGGUUUCUACUAUAAUGUCAUCAUCUCCUGGGCGCUCUUCUAUCUCUUCUCCUCGUUCACCAGCGAGCUGCCGUGGGUCCACUGCAACAACAGUUGGAACAGUCCAAACUGCUCUGACUGGGCUGACAACAGCUCAGUCAGCGACAUUUACAAGUCCACCCCUGCUCAGGAAUACUUUGAACGAGGGGUGCUCCACAUCCAGGACAGUAAUGGUAUUGAUAAUCUGGGCCGUCCACGCUGGCAGUUGACUUCCUGUCUAGGUGUAGUGAUUGUUCUGCUCUACUUCAGUCUCUGGAAGGGCGUCAAAACUUCUGGAAAGGUUGUGUGGAUCACAGCCACGAUGCCCUAUGUGGUCUUGACUGUGCUGCUGAUCCGCGGAGUCACUCUGCCUGGAGCCAUCGAUGGCAUUAAGGCCUACCUCUCCGUGGACUUCUUGAAGCUGUGUGAUGCCCAGGUCUGGAUCGACGCAGCGACACAGAUCUGUUUUUCUCUGGGAGUGGGGUUUGGUGUGCUAAUUGCCUUUUCCAGCUACAACAAAUUCAGCAACAACUGUUACAGAGACGCCAUCAUCACCAGUUCUAUCAACUCUCUAACCAGUUUCUUCUCCGGAUUUGUGGUCUUCUCCUUCCUUGGGUACCUGUCCCAAAAGCACAAUGUAGCCCUGGACAAAGUUGCCAGAGACGGUGCUGGUUUGGUUUUUGUAAUUUACCCAGAAGCCAUUGCAACACUACCUGGAUCAUCAGUGUGGGCGGUCAUCUUCUUCAUCAUGCUGUUAUCACUGGGCAUCGACAGUGCAAUGGGUGGUAUGGAGUCGGUGAUCACGGGGCUGAUGGAUGAGUUUAAAUGCCUCCACAAGCACAGAGAGCUGUUCACCCUCUUCAUUGUUGUUUCCACAUUCCUCAUAUCCCUCUUCUGUGUUACAAAUGGUGGGAUGUAUGUGUUCACUCUGCUGGACCACUUUGCAGCAGGAACAUCGAUUCUCUUUGGAGUGCUUAUUGAAGCCAUUGGCAUCGCAUGGUUUUACGGAGUGGACAGAUUCAGUGAUGACAUUGAGGAGAUGAUUGGCCAUCGACCAGGCCUGUACUGGAGACUGUGCUGGAAGUUUGUCAGCCCCUGCUUCCUCCUGUUUAUGGUGGUGAUUAGCUUUGCCACAUUCAACCCUCCAAGUUACGGUACCUACACGUUUCCUCCAUGGGCGAACAUGGUGGGGUGGUGUCUUGCCAUUUCCUCAAUGUCCAUGGUGCCUCUCUAUGCCAUCUACAAACUCUGCAUAGUGCGUGGAAAGUUCUGCAAUAGACUAGCUUAUGCCAUCACCCCAGAGACAGAGCAUCACUUGGUAGACAACGGGGAAGUUCGGCAGUUCACACUGAAACACUGGUUGGUGGUCUGAACAGUAGAGGGGGAGAGAAAGAUGAAGAGAGUGAAAGAAUGAGAGAGUGGACAUUGGGUGGAUGGAUGCGAGCACAGCAAAGGUCUGAAGAACUGAGAAGAAUAAAGAAAUUGCCAUUGAAAUUGAUCACAAUGGUGGUGGUGGGAGCAGUUUAAAAUUGCCGACAGAAAACCCAUACACAUUGUAGUGUACUUUAAUUUAAACAUUGGAUAUGUGAAGCUGUGCAUUAAACCUCACUACCAUUGAGUCGACUCUUGUGAAUGGGAUUCAGUCAAACAGGUAAUGCAGUGUUCAGACUGCUUCCUCCAUAAAUACAAAACUCUUCCUGAAUGGAUUUUGAAUUGUAUUUGUCUGAGGCAAGAUGAACAUUACAAAUAUUAAAAAUGCCAUUCAUGGUAUUAGAAUGAAAAUGUUGAGUUACGCACAUUUGAAAUAGUUUGUUAUGGUUAUUUUCACAUUUUUUAUUUGUUUAAUGUUGAUUCAUUGAUUCGGAAUCUGACCAAUACGCAAAUUGUAUUUCUUUUAGAUCAGAAAUGUUAUACCUUCCACUGUUUUCACUUAAUCCCAGUCCAUGUCAAUGUAUUGUUUAUUAUCUUUAUUUAUGUACUUGCUCUUAUUGAAGACUGUUAUAAUACAUGUGAUUCCUGUAGACUCUGAAAAAAGACACUUACAUUUGUUUACAUCAAAAACAAUGUACGUGAAGGAAAAGUUGCUACAGCAAAUGCUAUUAAUUACAAAUGAAUAAACUAAAACUAUGUCUGAUAAAACAAUACCUGAGCCUUCUCACUGAAGACUCAUCAUUUAAAAACUAAUAGCAUUGAUUUUUUGGUGAAAAGGUCAGCUCCUCUUACAGUAUUCAUUCUUUAGAUGGACCAACACACACACAAUUCUACCAAGAGGAAUUGGUUUUGUCAAGUGUUGGUUUUUUGUAGCAUAUCAUUAAAUCUCUAGGUGAAUAAAUAAAUAAACAACUUUAAACAGCCUAAAAAAUGUAUCAGCCACAUUGCUAAUUUAAUCAACCAAAGACUGAAAUCAUGUAUUUUAUUUUAAUCAGUAGACCGCUUGAUUGUUACUUUUAUCACAACAGUUCAAUCUAUUUUCCCAAUUAUACAUAAUUAGUGUCAAAGCAGAUUUCAUUUGAAUUUAUUUGAAAAAUGUUGUAUGAUUUUAUCCCCCAAAGUUCCAGGUGGUGAUUUAAAGCUAUAACCAUCACAUUUUCAGAAAGCAUAAAGCUUUAAUUGUAUGGGUGUUUCAAGACUGUUUUGACGAGCUUCUUUUUAUUGAACUGCAGAUAAAUAUUGUGUAAUGUAAUAUAUGAAGUAAUAAAGUUAUAUAUCUAUGUGAGUAAAUGUAAUGUAGAGGGGCUUGUAUCGUAUUGUACUGUAUGAUAUUGAAUAACAAGACCAACAAGAUUAUAUAGAUAUAUGGAUUAAUAAUAUGUGAAUGUGGAGUUAGACAUUUUAACCUUAAGGAUUUUGAUGAGGAUUACUUG